AUGGGGCCCGGGCCAGAGCAGGUCCGGCGCAUCGAUCUCGAGGAUGUGGAGGUCUUCAUGUCGCUGCAGGACGGUUUCGUGCUUGAGCACCACUCGAUGACAAGCAUGGUAUACGAGGAGGUGUCACUCCUGGACUGGCAGCACAGCUUGGUUUGCCCCAGGGAAAUCCUGGAGAAGCCUGGAGGUCGACGGCAGCAAGUUGUGAGCAUUGUCAAGCAGGAGCACCGCUACUACCGUGACCUCUACAUUCUGCUUGCGAGGGAGGACGGACAUGAGGCAGGAUAUGUCAUGUACCAAGUCCACAAGGGGAAGAGGAAAGAUGCCGUGGCGUCGGCGUACGUCGAGGUCAAGCAGAUUUUUGUUGAACCGGAGUUGCGCAAGCGUGGGUUGGGCAAGCUAUUGCUGGACGGCAUGAUGCAGGCCGUUAAAGGCCAGCAGUGCCACAACAUUCGUCUCAGCGUGAUAGAUUUGAACGAGGCGGCCACAAGGUGGUAUCGCGUGCAAGGCUUCGUUAUGAUUGGGCUCGUUUGGGAAUAUGUCGGUCCGGCCGACAAUUCGCAUCUGGUUGCUUACCAGGUCAUGCAGAAAUACUCUGCUGCCCCUGAACAACCUGUGGCGGAUCGUGCGACCUUUUUCCGGUCUGAGAUCAUUGGCGAGGUUGUGACCAUUACCUACCCAGAUGGCUCCGGUCCAUUUGACGUCACGAUCAGAGGCUGGAUAGAGCUAGUUUUGGCAGCUUACUUUCGGCGCAUCAUUCGCAUAGGUGGCGCGGAGCAGGGCAUGAGUGAAGCAAAUCAGCAAGCAGCGGCGCAAGUGAUGUUUGGCAGCAUCGAGGCUGGGCUGCCGACGGCGGCUGGUGGACCGGCCCUUGUUGAAGAUCGGGAGCGGCAGGAUGAGGGCAGCACGCAGCAUAGGGCCUCCGUCCAGUCAGGAACACAGUCUACUGAGGCCACGGCCUCAAUGGAUGAUCAUGAUCAUGACGGAGUUGAUGGUCGAGAUCCGAAGGACAGUGAUGUGAGCAGUGCCUCGGGAAAGAAGGAAACGGCAAAGACUGGCAAGGACUACGUGCCGGAGUACAACGGCUCCACGCCUAGGAGAAAGCACGAGCGGAGGGUCAAGUUGUUUGAGGCAUCGACCGGGAUAGACGAGUCGUGUAGGGCGCAGGAACUUAUGGAACGACUCAGUGGAGUAGCAUGGCUUGCGAUGGAAUCCUUGGACUUGUUGGACCUCAAACAUCCUAAAAGCGUCGAGCGACUCUUAGCACACUUGUGGCAGGAACUCGAGCCGCUCGAGUACCUCCGCAUCUUCUGCACGCUCGCCGAUUUCUACAAGAACUUCCGAAGGACUCCGGGCCAAGAGUACAUAGCUUACGAUAUGGAAUUUCGGAAUCACCUCAAGAGAUUGGAGGAGAUCGGUGCCAAGAUCGAAGGGCUUACCAAGGCCUACUGGUUCAUUGAGAAAGCAGGGCUCUCGGGUGAUCUUCGGAAACAAGUGGUGGCGGUACAUGCUACCCCAGAUGAUAGCCUGGAUGGACCGGACAAGGACGAGAUGGAGGACGCAGGUGCGGAGGCCGAACACCUCGAGGGAGAGUUAGAAGUGCUGCUGACACAGGCAGCCAAGAAGAGGGCUCAGAUUGAGAAGGCUCGUGGAUUCAACAAGAUUGAGAACCCUGAAGAUCGUGAGAAGCGGAUCAAGAGCAUGAAGGAGCGCAUGUCAUGUUCAGCGUGUAAGGCUCAUGGCAAGACGGUGUAUGGACAUUGGCAUGGAGAUGCUGCAUGCCCUUACCAUCGUGAUCAUAGAACAUCCGACAAGAACGUUUUGGCCGUUAUAGAGGAGCAGCUUAGUCACAGCGAAUCGGAUCAGGACGAGCUGUUCGGCCCCACGGGCGUGUACAUCGCCACCGUGGAGGGCGACGACCAGGGCCUGGAGAUGAUUCCCGUUUGGCAGGAGCCUAAUCCCCCUGUGGUUCGGCGACCGAGGGAUAUGGAUGUGGAGCUGCCCCGACUGAAUCAGUGCAAAGCCGUUUUUCCAGUGAGGGUGUGUCGUUUGAGGUUCCCCCAGGUCGCCGAGUGA